GGCGAGUGGAAAUGGCCCCGGGUCCAGCGGUAUUUACAGCAGGUCAAGCACUUCCAAGAGCUGCUGUUAGUCCUCAUCCAUCUAACCAACCAGCCUCUUCGAGGGCCGGAAAUCACCGGGCUGCGGCUCGUCAACGGCAUCAAUCGGGACUGCAGCGUAUUUAUCAUCGACGGCGAGGUCGUCUUAGUCAGCCAGUAUCACAAAUCCCUUGCCCACUUCGACAGCCCUAAGGUUAUCCCUCGGAUGCUGCCGGGCCGGGUUGGGCAGCUUCUGGUGAUGUAUAUACUUUACAUCCAGCCCUUUACAAACCGGCUC